AUGGCCGACACAGUUUGGUACUUUGCCUACGGCUCGAACAUGAAGUCCAUCGUUAUGGAGCGGCGGGGAAUGACGCCUCUCGAUGUCAAGCGGCUCGUCAUUCCCUCCCACAUACUCACGUUUGACAUCUUCGGGGUGCCGUACACUGAGCCGGCCAUGGCAAGCAUCGCUGAACGCGAGACAAUAGCGGCGGGCCAGCAAGCGGGCCGCCCCAGCCAACAGCCUCCGCCACCCGUGCAUGGCAUCGGUUACCUCUUGUCAGCGGGCGACUUCAGAAACCUCGUGGUCUCCGAAGGCGCCGGGACGGCUUACACCGAGGUGGAGCUACAGGCUCGGAUUCUUGAUGCCAGUGAAGAAGGCGACAUGCUUGCGGUCCGCACCCUGGUCGGCCGGUAUCCUUUCCGGCCCAAUCCACUGCCAAGUGCGCGCUAUCUUGGUCUUUUGAUUGAUGGGGCGCAAGAGCAUGGCCUCCCCGACUCGUACCGAUACUACCUCACAUCCCUGCCCAGCUACACAAAGUCUCUGUCCCCGAUGGAGGCUCUCGGCGCUCGCAUCUUUCUCGGGCUGUGGAUGCCCAUCAUUACCUGGACGAUGAAGCGCAUCAAGACUGCCGCCCGGGGCACGGAAUCGGGCCGAUCGAACUCGCGUUCGGGCGUGUUCAUCUACGUUUUUGUGUUUCUAGCCAUCCUCAACACAUCUCAGAGAAUGGAGGAUCCUUCGCCGCGAGCUCGUGCCUUCAGCCUUCUUGAGCAAGUUCCCCUCAUCGAUGGUCAUAAUGACUUCGCCUACAUGGUGCGCGGAUGGUUUCGGAACAACCUUAGCCAACCAGACUUCGACAUCCAUGCCAUGCCGAUUGGGCAGACUGACAUAGGGAGACUGCGCAAAGGCAAGCUUGGUGGCCAAUUCUGGAGCGCCUUCGUGCCAUGGUAUGCCACUGUUCACACGAGCCCCAUGGCGUUGUAUUUAAUGACUAGCUAUAGCCCAAAAGAUGGCGACAGCAAGGAUACUGUUCUAUUGUCAACUCUCCAACAGAUUGACCUAUUGCAUGGUAUCUUUGAGCAGUACCCGCGCACCUUCACAUUUGUGACGCAAUCAUCGGAAAUUCUCCCUGCGUUCAGGGCUGGCAGGCUGGUCAGCCUGCUUGGGAUCGAAGGCCUUCACCAAAUUGGCGGUAGUCCCAGCGUGCUGCGGAUGCUGUACCGACUCGGGGUGCGGUAUGCCACCCUAUGUCAUAACAAAGCCAACGAAUUUGCCGACAGCUCUACAGCGGAAAGUGUCCAUGGGGGACUGUCAAGGUUUGGAAGAAAGGUCGUGCAAGAGAUGAACAGGAUCGGCAUGAUCGUCGAUUUAGCUCACACCAGUCACGACGCACAGCUCGAUGCUAUGAAGCACAGCGAGGCUCCGGUCAUUUUCUCGCACUCGUCGUGCUACGAGCUUUGUCCCAAUCCCCGAAACGUUCGAGACGAAGUGCUUCAUAAGCUAAAGGCAAACCGCGGCCUCAUCAUGAUUUGUUUCAUCCCCUCACUUGUCACUCCACAGGAGACGGAACAGCAGGGCAUAUCGGGAGAUCACAAACCUCCAAGCGUGGCUUCUGUCGUUGAUCAUAUCAUAUACGUGGGCAAGACUAUUGGAUACGCCCACGUGGGCAUCGGAUCCGACUUUGACGGAAUGCUCGAGGGCCCGCCAGACCUGGACGACACGUCCUACUUCCCGAGCAUAAUUGAAGAGCUCCUCAGGCGUGGAGUGGACGAGGACAAUGUUAAGCUGGUGAUGGGAUUGAACGUAAUCCGUGUGAUGGAGGAGGUUGAGAGCGUGAGCAGAGUGGCGCAAAAUAUCGACCAGUGGGAUAUCCUUUGCGAUGAUAUCGCGUCCCCUUGGACUGAUGAGCAAGUUUCACUGUUGGUGGCCAGAGGUUCACUACGGAACACGAAUGGGACAGGAAACUUCCACUAG